AAUUGAAGAUCUGUGGGAGAACUGUCAAGAUCACAAAAUUUAGAUGACCAAAAUGGACAUCCGUGGUGCCGUGGAUGCUGCUGUCCCAACCAACAUUAUUGCUGCCAAGGCUGCAGAAGUGCGUGCGAACAAGGUGAACUGGCAGUCCUAUCUUCAGGGCCAGAUGAUUUCUGCUGAAGAUUGUGAAUUCAUUCAAAGGUUUGAAAUGAAAAGAAGUCCUGAGGAGAAGCAAGAGAUGCUUCAAACUGAAGGCAGCCAGUGUGCUAAAACAUUUAUAAAUCUGAUGACUCAUAUCUCCAAAGAACAGACAGUUCAGUACAUACUAACUAUGGUUGAUGAUAUGUUGCAGGAAAAUCAUCAGCGCGUUAGCAUUUUUUUUGACUAUGCUAAACGGAGCAAGAACACUGCCUGGUCCUACUUUCUGCCAAUGUUGAAUCGCCAGGAUCUCUUUACUGUUCAUAUGGCAGCAAGAAUUAUUGCCAAGUUAGCAGCUUGGGGGAAAGAAUUGAUGGAAGGCAGUGACUUAAAUUACUAUUUCAAUUGGAUAAAAACUCAACUGAGUUCACAGAAACUGCGUGGUAGCGGUGUUGCUGUUGAAACAGGAACAGUCUCUUCAAGUGAUAGCUCUCAGUAUGUGCAGUGUGUUGCUGGGUGUCUGCAGCUGAUGCUUCGGGUCAAUGAGUACCGCUUUGCCUGGGUAGAAGCAGAUGGGGUAAACUGCAUAAUGGGAGUUUUGAGUAACAAAUGUGGCUUUCAACUCCAGUAUCAAAUGAUUUUUUCAAUAUGGCUCCUGGCAUUCAGUCCCCAAAUGUGUGAACACCUGCGGCGCUAUAAUAUCAUUCCUGUUCUGUCCGAUAUCCUUCAAGAAUCCGUCAAGGAGAAAGUGACAAGAAUCAUCCUUGCAGCGUUCCGUAACUUUUUAGAAAAAUCAACUGAAAGAGAAACUCGCCAAGAAUAUGCUCUGGCUAUGAUCCAGUGCAAAGUUCUGAAACAGUUGGAGAACUUGGAACAGCAAAAGUACGAUGAUGAAGAUAUCAGUGAAGAUAUAAAAUUUCUUUUGGAAAAACUUGGUGAGAGUGUUCAGGAUCUUAGCUCAUUUGAUGAGUACAGUUCAGAACUUAAAUCUGGAAGAUUGGAAUGGAGUCCUGUGCAUAAAUCUGAGAAGUUCUGGAGAGAAAAUGCCGUGAGGUUAAAUGAGAAGAAUUAUGAGCUUCUGAAAAUUUUGACAAAACUUCUGGAGGUAUCAGAUGAUCCACAAGUCUUAGCUGUUGCCGCUCACGAUGUUGGAGAAUAUGUGCGGCAUUAUCCACGAGGCAAACGGGUUAUUGAGCAGCUUGGUGGGAAGCAGCUGGUGAUGAACCACAUGCACCACGAAGACCAGCAGGUUCGCUACAACGCUCUCCUGGCUGUGCAGAAACUUAUGGUGCACAACUGGGAAUAUCUUGGUAAACAGCUCCAAUCUGAGCAACCUCAGACUGCUGCUGCCCGGAGCUAAACUGUGUCUCCAGCCUUCCCAUUUCACCUGUGACCGACCACCUGGAGUGUGAAUCUCACUAGUUGAAUGACUUUUUAUUUUAUUUGUAAUUUCUUCUGUGUGUAGCUUUUCCCACUGCUGAUUUCUGGUAAAAGUCUUUGUCCAUUAACUUGUAUAAAAGCAGACGCUUUCUGUACCUAAGGAAAGGAUUACUGUUACAUACAUUGCUUGUGUUUCUAUAUUUAUUGUUCUCUGGAAAUGAAUCUAGUUAUUAAAGAGUUCUCACUCCAAAUAGGGUUUUCUCUUUACUCAGUCCUUACUUGAACUUUCACAAAACCACCUAUUGUUUCUUCUUUUAAAAGUUUCAUUUUUUCAAUUACAGUUUACACUUAAUAUUAUUUUGUUUUUUGUUUCAGGUGUACUGCACAGUGGUUAGACAAUCAUACUGUACACAAGUGGCCUCCGCGGUAUUUCCAGUGCCCGCCGGGCACCAUACAUACUUAUUACAGUAUUGCUGACUGCAUUCCCUGUGCUGCGCUUUACAUUCCCGUGGCUAUUCUGCAGCUACCAGUCUGUACUUCUCAGCCCCUUCACCUUUUCACCUAGUCCCCCAACCCGCGUCCCCUCUGGUAGCCAUUGGUUUCUUCUCUGUAUCUGAGUCUGUUUCUGUUUUGUUCGUUCAUCUAUGUUGUUCUUUAGGCUCCACAUAAUAAGUAAAAUCGUAUGGUAUUUA